AAUGGAGAAAAGACAAAGUGGGCUUUAAAUAAAACAUUGGGUUAAAAUGGAUGAUCUGUUGAGAACCGAAGAUUUUGGGGCUCUUGCGUACUAUUGUGAGCAAGAAGAGUUGAAGGCUAUGGGAGGUGUGGCCAGUGCUCAAGUGUACUCAACUCUGUUGGGAGUUUAUCUGCUCCAAAACGAACUAGACCACGCUAAGCUCCUAUGGCAGAGGAUCCCCGAGUCAAUGAAGCAGGACAGUCGUGAGAUAGGAGAACUCUGGGAGAUUGGAAAGAGAUUAUGGAGGAGAGACUUCUCUGCUGUGUAUGAACUGGCCAAGAAUCCAGAAUGGCCACCCUAUUUAGAGUCCAUCGUGUCCGGACUAGUGGCCAAAUUAAGAGAGCGACUUCUCAUUCUAGUGGGCAAGGCAUACACUACAAUACGAGUACCUGACCUUUGCACCCUGCUGGGACAGUCUGAGGCAGAAAUUAAGCAAAUGUCUGUUGAGAGAAGCUGGGAUUUCGAUGACCAGAGAAAUGUCAUAUUACCGAAACCUAUAAAAGUGUUGGAGGGUGAGCUAUUGCAGGAGCAUAAGGAGAGACUUCAGAAACUGACUGACAUUAUUUCAUUCUUAGAAAACUAGUGUGUCUUCAUUUAAUCACUAUAACUGUACAUUGUUUUUUUUUAGUCACCAUUGGUGUACAUUGCUAUGACUACCAUGUUGUGUUGUGCGAUAAUAAUUGUUUGGUUUAUAAUUA